AAGGCAAAUGAAGCCAUGUUUUUGCUUACAAACAAGUAACAUUUACCACCCCUUCUGGAGGCUGGCGCGCCCGUAGCAGCAUCAGAAAAGGCAAAUUAUCCCGUUUUCUCUGUGAUACUAUCUGGAUUUACCGGAUCAGUAGUUUAGACCUUUUAAAUAUCUGUAAAUGGGAUAAUUUUAUUCAAACUAUUUAACAGCAUACUAAAUACAUCCCAAAAACGAGGAAGACCUUCCCAUUUGUAGGUAGGACGACAUUUUUCGGAAUUAUCCUAUUACUCAGAGAAUGAGUACCGGGGAGAGCUCCUGAACCAGCGCUGGACGCGAGGAGACAAAAUCAGCCGCGGCCGGCCCUCUCUCAGACCACAGAGCCGACCAAUCAGAAUGAGUUUAGACAUUGAUGACAAGCGAACACGCACACGGUCCAAGGGAGGAAAAGCUCCCGCCGAGACUGUCGGACAGGAGCUGAGCUGUCCAACUCCAGGAUGCAAUGGCUCUGGCCAUAUCAGUGGCAAAUAUGCCCGACACAGAAGUACACUGAGCUGUCCACUCGCCAGAAAGAGGAGGCUCCAGGAGGAGGAGGAGGAGGCACAGCAGCCUGCCUCCAAGAGGAAGUCCCACCCACUGAAGCUGGCGCUGGACGAGUGCUUCAACGCAGAGAGCGAUGGGAGCGGGGAGGAAACGGAGGGAAAGGAGGAGGAUGAGGAAGAGGAAGGCCAGCAGCUGCAUUGCGUCGGGGCGCGUCGAGAGGACGAGGGGCAGAUAGUGGAGAGCAAGGAGGCAGGAGAGGGAGAAGAGGGUGAUGAAGAGGAGUGCAUGAUCAUUGAGGCGUCCAGCACAGAAAAGCCCAAAGCACCUGGAACAGACCACCUUUCCAGCUACCAGCACAUAGUGACCAACACCCUGCUGCACCUCAACACCUGCAACAGCCACCUGCCGUCUCCACGACAACCACAGCCACUACCACAGCAGCAGCAGCCUGUUGCCAUGGAGGUGCAGGAGGGGAGUCCAGAAGCAGAAGAGGAGGAAGAAGAGGAGGAAGACAGAGAGCGAGACAGGAUGAAAGAGGGGGGCCAAGCAACCGUCCGUGGAGCCAAGACGAACGGGCUGAGCGGCGAGACCGAGAACGUAACGGGGGAGGUGGGGGAGGAGGUGCAGAGCAGGGCGGAGGAACCGCAUCCCCACUACUUCACCGAGGAGUCGGUCGCGCGGCCAGCCGCAGACGGCAGGAAGACGCCCGAGGAGAACGCGUACGUGGAGGAGUACGAUGAGGAGGAAGAGCGGCACGAGCCCUCCGACCCCGCCGCAAUGACUGCGCCGCGGGAAUCCCACCACAAGGAGGACUACAUUACCCACAAGCCCCCGACGCCGGAGAACUACACCUCCAACAAGGCAUCGGUAGUGAUCGAGGUGCGCUCGGAGGAGUCGGAGCACGACAACGAGGACGGCGAGGAAGACGACGACAGCUCGCCUCCGCACUCCACGGCGACCGACGACCCGGACAUGUAUGACAUGAUGAGGGGCAACCUGGGCCUGCUUGAACAGGCCAUCGCUCUCAAAGCACAGCAGGUCAAAGGUCACCGCGAGUUCACGCACAUGCCUGAGCGCCACCGGUACUUCCCUCUUGACGACCGGCCUAGUAAGCAUGUGGAUCAGCUACGCAAGAGCUACUACAGCAAAGAGAGCGCCAGACCAGAGAAAAAAGAAGUCAAAUGCCCCACCCCCGGCUGUGACGGCACAGGGCACGUGACCGGACUAUACCCUCACCACCGCAGUUUGUCAGGCUGUCCUCACAAAGACAGGAUUCCCCCUGAAAUACUGGCCAUGCACGAGAACGUUCUCAAGUGUCCCACGCCUGGGUGCACAGGCCAAGGCCAUGUCAACAGCAACCGCAACACACACCGCAGUUUGUCGGGGUGCCCCAUCGCCGCAGCCGAGAAGCUGUCCAAGAACCAUGACAAGCAGCACCUGCCCCAGCCGAUGAGCGAGCCCCCCAAAAGCAGCCCCAACUCGGACAGAGUGCUCAGGCCUAUGUGUUUUGUAAAGCAACUGGAGGUGCCACAGUAUGGCAGCUACAGAGCCAGUCUCGUCCCCAGCACCCCGCGCGCCAACCUGGCCAAGGAGCUGGAGAAGUACUCCAAGGUCUCCUUUGAUUAUGCAAGCUUCGAUGUGCAGGUGUUCGGCAAGCGCAUGCUCGCCCCAAAGAUGCACACCAGCGAAACCUCACCGAAGGCCUUCAAACCCAAGCCCCUAUACCCGAGGACAUCUUCCCCGAGCCCCGGCAUGCAGGGCACCUACGGGAAGGGCUCAUCGGUCGCCCAUGACUACUCCCAGGAUGCCGAGGCUGCACACAUGGCUGCCACAGCCAUCCUGAACCUGUCCACACGCUGCUGGGAGAGGCCGGAGAACCUCAGCACCAAGCACCAGGAGCAGAACAUGGAGAUCGAGGUGGACGAGAACGGGACCCUGGAUCUGAGUAUGAAGAAGCCGUUGAAGAAGGAGGGAGGGCCACUGAGCGCCAGCCCAGGCGUGCGGUCCCCUGACCUCUCGUCGUCAUCCUCAUCCUCCGUGCACCAUGGCAACAGCAGCAUCUCACCCCACUUACAGGCCUACAAGCAGGAGGAGUGGGAGGGGCCACUGGACUACACCAAACCCAAUCGGCAGAGAGAGGAGGAGCUAGAGGAGAUGGAUCACACAGCCCAGUCGUUUGUGUCCUCUGAUCCCGAGGACAGUGACGUGGCACAAGACAGCCCAGAGGACAGGAAGUACCCUGGUGAGGUCACCACCCCCAGCUUUAAGGUCAAGUUCCAGCCCAAGGAGUGCAAGAAAGAGCUCCUCACGUGUCCUACUCCCGGCUGCGAUGGCAGUGGCCACAUCACUGGAAACUAUGCAUCCCACCGCAGCCUGUCUGGGUGUCCUCUUGCUGAUAAGAGCCUCCGCUCCCUAAUGGCAGCACACACAGCUGAACUCAAGUGCCCCACUCCAGGAUGUGAUGGUUCCGGCCACAUCACUGGUAACUACGCCUCUCACCGAAGUUUGUCUGGGUGCCCUCGUGCCAAGAAAGGCGGAAUAAAAACGACCCCCACCAAGGACGACAAGGAGGACUCCGAGCUCUUAAAAUGCCCUGUGCCAGGCUGUGACAGCCUGGGUCAUAUCAGCGGGAAGUAUGCCACCCACCGCAGCGCCUACGGGUGCCCGCUGGCAGCCCGCCGGCAGAAGGAUGGCCUGCUGAACGGCACGCCCUUCUCCUGGAAGGCCUUCAAGCCUGAGGGCCCCACAUGCCCGACACCCGGCUGCGACGGGUCGGGCCAUGCCAACGGCAGCUUCCUCACCCACCGCAGUCUGUCUGGCUGUCCGCGGGCCUCUCUAGCUAAGAAAAAGGCCAAGUUUCCCGGAGAGGAGUAUCUCAGCACCAAGUUCAGGGCCAGCGAUGUGCUGGACAAUGACGAGGACAUUAAGCAACUCAAUAAGGAGAUCAGUGAUCUCAGUGAGUCCAACAAUGAGAUGGAAGCCGAUAUGGUUAACCUCCAAACCCAGAUCACAUCCAUGGAGAGGAACCUGAAGAACAUCGAAUAUGAGAACAAGAUCAUCGAAGAGCAGAAUGAAGCACUGUUCAUGGAACUGUCAGGACUAAGUCAGGCCCUCAUACGCAGCCUGGCCAACAUCCGCCUGCCACACUUGCAGGAACCUAUCACAGAGCAGAAUUUUGAGAGCUACGUGAGCACUCUGACCGACAUGUACACCAAUAAAGACUGCUACCAGAAUCCAGAGAACAAGGCCCUGCUGGAGACCAUCAACCAAGCAGUGAAGGGCAUUAAAGUGUGACUCUGCCUGAGGGAUUUCCCCCCAGAGGUGCAGAAGAGAAUUGACAGUGCAGAACCGAAGUGAGUGUGUACAAAUGAUACACAUAAAAAAAAAGGGCAUUCAGGUUUUUUUGAACAACAACCACCUUCAUCCCAGGGAGCAUUCAGUGACGAGAGAAAGAAAGUCUAUAGUAUAUAUAACACAUUCAUAUAAGGACCAAAAUCCACGAAAGCUGCUGGAUUGGAAGUGGAUAACGGAACGACCAGAACCAAAAUCCUUCAGUUUUUUGGGGGUUUUUUUUGCUUUUUUUUUUUUUCCAUCCACACAAAAUCUGAGGGGGCACUUUGCACUUCUUCAGCCUGGGCAGCGCUGAGAGGACACCUGUGGAUGAAGAAGAUGAUCCGUCCCGCAGAGCCUCAUCAAGAGACAAGAGAGCAACGCUUUGGAAGAAAUUCAAAGUUCUCCACGUGUUUUGUAUGGAAGAGUGCUCUCUAUCGCAGCAGAUGCAACCAUCAUUGUGGUGAAUGUGGCCUCAGGCAGUGGAGGACCAGCCCACGGUUCCAAUUACUGUCCCCACAAGUAAAGAAGGCCCGUGGCAUUCUACUUGUUCUUCAUGGCUUAUCAUGUAAGUUAGGGAGCGAGGCAAAGUGGAGAACACACACCCAUACACACACACACACACACACACAUACACAAAUGAGAAAUCAACAGUGUGGGCCCUUUAAGAUGCAUGUUUGCUCAUAAAUACUCAUAUCUGACCUUGGAUUACAUAUGAUUAACAUUUAUGUAAUCCUCUUUUGUCAAAAAACCUCUCCUCUGAUUUGUGUGGGCAUCACUCCAAAAUCAGCCCUUAUAUUUAUGAAUAUAUUUUAUUAAUAUUAGCUCUAGGUAGCAGUUUAUUUAUUAAUAUUUCAAAUACUUUUAGAUUGCAGAAGCACUGGUCUUUAUCAUUCAUUUGCAAUAUUUAUGCUACAGUAAUAUAAUGUAUUUUCUCCUCAGUUCAAUCCAGCCAUAGUUAUAUCUGUUAUAUUUAUGAACAAUGAAUUGCACUUCUUUUCGAUUACUAGUUUAGAAUCACUGGCCUAUAAAUUAUUUCUACUAUAAUUUCUAUUAUUGAUUUAUCAGUUUAUUUGCAUUUUUUACAUUUUAUUUAUUUUAAGUUAUCUCCUUCUAUGAAAAAAAUCCUUCUAUUAAAAAUGCAACAUAGCCCUUCCAUUUAUAAAUGGACACAAAUAUAAGAUGAAGGAAAAAAUAAGUUUAGAAAAAUGUACCAUCAGUUUUUAUACCUUAUUUUCUUUUGACAGUAGAUUUUUAAAACUUUUUUUAAGUGCAAA